CAGAACAAAACACAACACAAAGACAAAACAGAGGAACACUUAGGUUUCACAAGACAGAGAGACAAAAAGAGAUUGGUGGGACUGUUAGAGAAGGAGAAGACACUACUUCUCUUAUUUAGCUUUCACUAAAGAAAAAAAAACUAAGAAGAAAUAAUGAGUUUGUGGGGAGGGAUGGGAGGAGGAUGGGGAAUGGUAGAAGAAGGUUGGAGAAAAGGGCCUUGGACUGCUGAAGAAGACCGCCUUUUGAUCGAUUAUGUGCAGCUUCACGGUGAAGGGCGAUGGAACUCUGUUGCGAGGCUCGCGGGGUUGAAGAGAAAUGGGAAAAGCUGCAGGUUAAGAUGGGUUAACUACCUAAGACCAGACCUCAAGAGAGGACAAAUCACUCCUCAUGAAGAAACCAUUAUCCUUGAGUUACAUGCUAAGUGGGGCAAUAGGUGGUCCACGAUUGCACGUAGUUUACCGGGAAGAACAGACAACGAAAUCAAGAACUAUUGGCGAACCCAUUUCAAGAAGAAGACGAAGUCUCCAACUAACAGUGCGGAGAAGACAAAGAACCGAAUCUUGAAGAGGCAACAAUUUCAGCAGCAAAGACAAAUGGAGUUGCAGCAAGAACAACAGUUGCUUCAAUUCAAUCAAAUCGACAUGAAAAAGAUCAUGUCGUUACUAGAUGACGACAACAACAAUGGUGAUAACACCUUCAGCAGUAGCAGUAGUGGCGAAAGUGGAGCAUUAUAUGUACCUCAUCAGAUCACACAUUCAACAACAACUUCUGGUUGUGAACCAAAUAGUAACGGGUAUUACCCGGUGGUUCCGGUAACAAUACCUGAGGCUAAUGUGAAUGAAGAUAACGCUAUUUGGGACGGUUUAUGGAAUCUGGAUUUUGAAGGACAAGGAAGUUUUGGUGGCGCUGCUUGUGCCCCAAGGAAGCACUAUUUCCAGAACAUGGUCAUUCCCUUCUGUUAACUUGACCUUUAAAAUAUCUUAUCUGCCGGAUAAUGAAAGAGAAAAACUUGACCGACAACUUAGGUCGAGUUUGAGUUUAGUUUGUGGUUUCAUUUAUUUGAGAUUUUUGGUUUUAACAUAUAUAAUUUUGGUAUGAAUUGUGUGUGAUGUAAGAAGCUCAUUUGGUUUUAUCAUAAAAGAGUGAUGUAGUAGAAUUUAAGAAAGUAUGUGGAAGAAUGCUUAUGUCAAUGGUAGUACAACACAACUCACUCCAAUAGAUCAAAUAUUUUUUUUGUCACUUGCAUAUUGUAGUGAAAAUAUCUUCUUGAUGAGAUUAAGAUAUUAC